AUGUUUUUCCAAAUGCAUCAACCUAACAAAUCUGAAGAGCUCCCAUGCCUUCACCUUCAAAACAGCUCAAAUGUAAAAAUCCACCAAGACAGGCUGACAGUGACUUACACAGGAAAAGGCCAAAAUUUAGCAGACAUAGCUGUAAGCCUUAUAUAGUGUGUGAGGGGCAGCCAUUCUAUUCGACCUCUUUCCCCCACCUCUCCAGUUUACUAUUUUGAAGUGAAAAUAAAUAUUAUUCCUCAAUAAUUUAAUUAAAAAUUUUUUUUAUUUUUUUAUAAAAUUUCCCUAUUCAAUGUCUCUGAUUUUACUCUUCAAAGACCUACUCUUUAUGUCGGUCUAAUAGACGAAUCUUUUCAACUCAGUAAAUAUCCAGGAGCCUCAAAGCGAUCCUACGGAAUAAAAGCUGACGGAAAAGUGUAUCAUAAUUCAACCCAAGGUCGAGAUUUCUGCCAAAAAUUCGCCAGCGGCGACGUUAUCGGAUGUGGAAUUAUUUUCGACACACAAGAAAUUUUUUUUACCAAAAAUGGGGUAUUUUUAGGUAGUGCGUUUAAAGGGAUUGAGCCUAUUGAGUAUUAUCCUGCUGUGGCGUUGUUGACCCCACAAGAAUCUGUCACAUUUAAUUUUUCAGGGCCUUUUACUUAUGAUGUAGACUCUUUGUCUGUAAAAGAAGCGACAAGAAUAGACAACGAGGUUUUAUCUGAAAAUAUAUAUAAUAAAAAUAUAAAAAAAUUUAUAAAAAUAACAAAAAGGUAAAUUAUUUUUCAGAGAAAAAUGCUUGCUGAAUUAAUAUUUUUUUUUUAAUUAAUGCAAAACAGAUUAUCAAGCUCUGAAUUGCAUGAGCUCGUGCACGAUUAUUUGAAAUACAAUGGCUACUACCAAACCCUGCUAAAUUUCCCCAAUUUAAACCCAAAACUACCAGCAGCUGAACCAGUUUCUUUAAGCAAACAGAGAAGUUACUCAGGGAGGGUUUCAGAAAAAGUUGGAUCAAUUGAUAUAAACCCUGAAUGUGAAAAAUGUGAAAAAGCCCAAAAAAUCUGUGAAGAGUGCUUACGUCAAAUAAUGCAAAACGUCGAGCCAGUCAGCCCUAUAAAAGUCCCUCUAACCAGUCCAUUUGGGUCUCGUCAAAAUUCUAUGUCUGAUACUUUUAGCUUUGACCGUUGCAACAGCAUAGACUUGUCAAGCCUCUACAUGAAAAACAACGAAACAGUCAUAGAAGAGCCUGAGAUUCCUGAACCCCCCCUCGAGAACUUAGAAGAAACCAAAAUCCGCUCAGAAAUCCGUCAAUUAAUAAUGCAAGGCCUAAUCAGAGAAGCCAGAGACCUUAUCGUAAUGAACUACCCUGCUCUUGAGUCCAAUGAAGAAUGCAUUAUAAGCCUCCACGUCCAAGAAUUUAUCGAAAUAAUUAAAAAAGGCGAGCCAUACACCGCUUUAGACUAUGCCAAAAGAUAUCUCGCAAGUUUCCGAGAAAAAACUGUUUUUUGCCGAAAAGACGUCGAUUUAUCUGUUUUUGUCUGGGAAAUCAUAGGACUUUUAUGCUAUAACAAGCCAGAAGAAAGCGUUUUAGGGUACUUAUUGAUGCCUUCACAACGAGAAGUCACAGCAGACGUAGUCAAUAGGAAUAUUGUCAAUCUUAGUGAGCUUGCAGUCUGCAAGCUAGACGUGGUGAUGAAGCAGAUGUUAGCUCUACAAGCGCUUUAUAUGGAAAAGCAGCUGAGAGCGAGUGAUAGUCAGUUUAACCUUUUAAUUUAG